UUUCCACUAAGGUCAUUUUGGAUUUCUUUCCAAAAUCUCCGAUCGUUCCCAUCGCAGUAUCCCCAAGGUUUAUUCGCAUCUGCCAGACCCGAUCCGGGAAGUCCGCCGUCGUAUAUCAGUCCAUCUGGAAAGACUAAGUGACCCUGCAAACAUUUUCUGUUACCGACACUUUUAAAGUUAUUGCAAAAGUUUAGUUUUCGACCGUACUGAGCUCAACUUUCCAUGAUCCCAUGUGCCUUUGAACAGUGUUCCGUCAGGAUAAAUUAUCUGGCCUACUCCAUGGUAAAGGUCAUCCUCGAAACCACCUUCAUAAACCAUGCCUUCUUUGGUGACGUACCGGCCGGUGCCAUUUGCUCUGCAAAUUUGUUAUCGAUCAGAUUGCCGGCGCACAUUAUUUGUGGUGGAUAGUGUAUCCGAUUCUGCUAACCUGUUGUACGGUUGGCAAUAGUCUGAAUUUGAUUGUACUGAUUCGCGAGACGAAGAGGAGCAGCACCACGUCAUACAUGAUCGCCAUGGCCAUCAGCGAUAUCGUUAUACUAUGGGUGUAUUUUCCAUUAUUCUUAUGGAAUAUUAGCAGCGCCUUCCGGUUGGCAUACCACACCAAAGCUAACAAACGCAUCACAACAAGCUUUAUGAUUGGACAAGGGUGGAUACAGGAAACGUUUAUGCAGUUUUGCGAUUGGGUCUUACUGACGUUCUCCCUGGAACGACUAAUUGCUGUGCUGAAACCACUGUGGACUAAGAAGCUGACCAGUGCGUCAACGGCCAAUACCAUCGUAGUUAUUCUUUUUGUCCUUUCCGUUAUUUUCAGCGUAGAGGAAUUCGUGAAACAGUUGGAAAAAGGUCAACCGCGUUGGAUAAUGAAAUGGGACGAAGUUCAGUUUGGCGCAGAGAUGACAAUGGUCUUCGUGAAAUUUUUCGGAUUACUGAUAAUUAAUGCCGUCCUGAUCAUGGCCAUAGCCAAGCGGCAACAUCGCGAUAUCGGGCGGGUUUCCGCGCGCUUGCAUCGCCGGCCCAGCGUUCGGACAUGGAACACCAAUAUCCUUCUGCUAAGCAGUGCCGUGCUGUAUUUGAUUGCCAUGUUCUCCAGUUUAUGCGUCAACUCCCUGGCCUUAGCAGAUACACUGGGCGUUCGUCCUUUUGACGAAUCCGCCAAGAAGUUCGCCACGCCGUUCUGCAACAUUACCUUGUUAACGAAUUAUUCUAUCAAUUUCUUUUUAUAUCUCACCGUCAGUCAUCGAUACCGGGCGGAAUUUCGCCGGACAGUACUCAGUAUCAAGCGCCCUGUGGAAGCGCUGAAGAACAGUAUCCGCGGUACUGUUACCGGGAGUCAACGGCGGCGGAGUGGGCGGGAACAUCUUGUGGCAAAGUCAGCGUCAGAAUCACGCAGUAGCAAUAAUAUACCCGAUCCAAGCGGGCCAUCAGCAAUCAGAACGAGCGUAUCGGAAACGCACAUGUAAAUAACAUGCAACCAACCCGGCAUGCGCAGCAAAUGCCAGACCUUUGCCUUUUGGCCUGAGGAGAUGGCUAAUUCUUAAAUUUCAACCAUUGAUACAUUUUUUGUAUAGCAUAAAAAUUGUUGUCUGUUCACGUGAUGACCAACUGGCAUCCAAAACUCUUUACCUACCGCGAGACCCGGCAUUUUAAGCGAACCCUUUUUCCUCGUUUAGGACGCUCAAUAAUAAUUUACAAUUUGCCAUUAUGAAAUGACAUUAUUUGACAUUUGACAUGUAGCUUGAACUGCUGAAGCAGCAAAAGUAUGUAUGAUGG